UUCCGGCCAUCUAGGGUUAGGGCUUUAGGAGAUCCAAUGAAGAUCACUGUCAUGACGUCGGACGAGCGCUUCGUGUCGCUGGACGUCGAUGCCGAUGAGCUGGUUGAAAACGUCAAGGCGCUACUGGAAGUGGAGACGCAAAUUCCGCUCCACCAGCAGCAGCUAUUGCACCACGGCAGGGAGCUCCCCAACUCUCACAAGCUCAAUGCCGCGGGAAUCGUGGACAAUGACCUGCUCAUGCUUGUGGCGGCGGCCCCUCCUCCAACAAGCACCAGCGGCUCGGGAGGAGGCAAUGAGAUGGCUCUCAAUGCCGAUGGCUCCGCUGUAAACCCGUCGGCCUUCAUGAGCCGCUUGAAGCGGGAUCCACAGGCCAUGAAGUUCCUGUUUGAGAGAAACCCAGACAUAGCGGGCGCGGUGCACUCAAACAACGUCUCGGCGCUCCAGGGCUUUCUCAGGCAGGUCCACCAACAGAAGCUGGAUCUUCAACGGCGUCAGCAAGAGGAGAUUGCACUGAUGAAUGCCGAUCCGUUCGAUUUAGAUGCACAAAAGAGAAUAGAGGAGAGUAUACGUCAGAGAAACAUAGACGAAAACUGGGAAGCAGCCGUGGAGCACAACCCCGAAGCAUUUGCCAGUGUCAUAAUGCUUUACGUGGACAUGGAAGUGAAUGGCUUUCCCCUGAAAGCUUUUAUUGACAGUGGAGCGCAAAUGACCAUAAUCUCAAGGACUUGUGCAGAACGCUGUGGGCUGUUGAGACUCUUGGACAAGCGCUAUGUAGGUGUUGCCAGGGGCGUGGGUCAAACGGAAAUCGUGGGAAGGAUUCAUGUAGCUCCUCUCAAGAUAGGAGAUCAUUUCUAUCCUUGCUCGUUCACAGUUUUGGACCAGCCUAAUCCUGAAUUCAUCUUUGGCCUUGACAUGCUACGCAAGCACCAGUGCUCCAUUGAUCUCAAGGAUAACGUGCUUAGAGUUGGAGGCGGUGAGAUUGCAGUACCAUUUCUUCAAGAGAAAGACAUUCCGAGGCAUUUCCAUCAAGACGAAGUGAAACCAUCAGCAAGCACAAGCGUGCUUCCGGCUCCAGCAGCGGCGGCUCCUCAGGCAUCGUCCGAUUUGGAAGCCAAAGCGACGCGGUUGAUGGCACUGGGCUUUGACCGCCCAUCGGCGUUGGAAGCGCUGCGGCUAUGUAAUGGCAACGAAGAGCAAGCAGCCAGUUAUUUAUUUGGCGGAUAGUCUCAUAAGCUGGGCUUUCCAUUUCCUGUUUUUAGGGUUUAGGGGAAGAAGGAAAAAGAGUCGGUGAUGGAA